AUGAUUUACUCAGAGACUUCAUUAACCAAACAAGGGUCUCCUUUAGCACAUGUCUGGCUGGUGGGUAGUUUGGAUAAGAAGUUAACCCGGCGAGAAAUUAAUAGUACCGAUAUCCUAAAGUCGGUAAGAAUUAUUAGAGAUAAUGAAGGAGGUACCUUUGCCUUGAGACUGGAAGGUCAGCUAUUGCUUGGAGUCAGUAGAAUUUAUAACACCAAGGUUAAGAAUCUUGAAACAGACUGUACAGUCGCGUUCUCAGAACUGAAAGCGGCGUUCAAACCUGGCAAUGUAAAUCUUCCAGGGUCAACGGACAUUCUUUCUCUUCUUCCUGAAGAUAACGGCAUUACUAGAAACCGUCAGAGAAGUAGGACCGCUGUUAUUAUUCAAAACAAUGCUAGUGGGGAGAGCCGUAGUCUGCUACAAAACACUUUAACAGACUUCACUGACUUGCUACCUGCUUUUCCUAUGGAACUAAGUGGUGAUAUCUUAAGUCAGGCCAGCGGCACUCACAAUGGACCAGGAAAUACCAAUAGAUUUAGAGACGACGACUUUAACUCGGCCCCAUCACAAUUCACACAGGAGGUUGCCGAUACUUUUGAUCAAUCUAUUGAAAUUGGUAGAAGAAGAGGUGGUCUCGAUGAGGAUGAAGAUGAAGAUGAGCAAAAUACUCGAAUCCUGGCAGACGAUGACGAUGAGAACGAGUUGAAUCUUGAUUUAGAUUUAGAUUUAGACAAGGAAAUUGAGAUUGGCCGAGGUGAAGAGGAACUGCCUAGUUUUAAUCUUGGUGCCGAUGACGAUGAUGGCGAAAUGCCUCCAAUGAUCCCAGAUGAGGAAGAAGGAUUUGGAAAUGUUAGCGCCAAUUCUCCAGGAAUCAACAACCCUGCCACCCCUACUGGUAAUGAACUAGAUGAAAUGAUUGAUAUAGGCGUCGAGGACAAUGCCAACUCCAAAUCAGUUGCCACUGCGGCAUUGCUAGGAGACGUUAAUCCUAAACGUAAACGUGCGCUCCGUGAUCAGACUACCACUAUAGUGGGACCACGAGCUGACUCUAGAGUACAAGCCAGUCAAUCUCAAGCUGAUAGAGAUGAAGCUAUUGAGUCUAUUCUUACGGAUCACCCCGUCUUGCCCAAUAACUCUAUUGCUUAUGGAUUGCUGUGUCUUUCCGACAACCAUAACCAGCUGUUGGACAGCGUAUUCAACCAGUACUCGAACCCAUUGCUGGAUAUCCGCAGCAUUGCUGAACUUCUCAAGAAGAAGGCUGAUAUGGAGUCUGGCCGAGCCGAAGAAGGAGAUGCCACCCUUCAACAAAUAGACUUUGAGAAUGACUUUGGCAUGUCAAUUGUCCCCGGUGGUGAUGAAGAUGAAGAAGAAGGUCCCAAUCAAAAGGCACUGAGGGUUGAUGAAGAGGGUAAUAGAGCUGAGCUAGUGCUAGACGAUGAAGAUGGGUUCCCGAUUGUUUCUGAACCUCUUUAUAACCUAGAUCUUGAAGAGGAAGAGGAAGAGGACUUUUUUGGAACGAGUUUCUUUGGUCCAUCAACUCAACCUGAAAAUGGUGAAGAGAAUCAACAGCCACAAUCAUCUCAAUCCAACAACAGAGGUGUUUCAAGAAAUACAAUCAUAGCUGCUCAAAAACUACGCCAAGGUUUAGAGUUUGAGGAGUCGAUAAGUUUUUCUGAAUUGUCAGAGGGAGGACGCAAGUCUGACAAGGUCAAAAUGUUUUUUGAAAUGUUGGUUCUGGCCACCAAGGAUGCAAUUAGUAUUGACCAACCGGCCGCUUUUGGUGACUUUAAUAUUUCAGCUAAGCCGAAGCUUCACAACCCCAUUUGGGAUGAGCCUGAACAGCAAGAAGAUGCAACUGCCUCUCUACCUGCUGGAAUAGCUGUAUAG